UGUAAAAACUGAAAAGCCCGGGAUUUUUAAACAAAGAGAUAUGAUGAAAUGUUCCUUAUAAAUGAAAGCUCAGAAGAGGCAUUGCAUUCUAAUGGUGUGAUUAAGCAAAAGGAACAGCAAGUCAUGGAAUUAUUUUCAGUUUUGCUUUCUUCCAUCUUCUAUCUGUCUCUUCUCCUCGGCCUCCAACUCACGCCGGUGUCUGCCAGGAAGAGUUACAUAGUACACAUGAAAGAGCGCCACGAUCCUAGCGUGCACCCCACGCACCUUGACUGGUACACUGCCACGCUCUCUUCUUCUCCAGACUCUCUCCUUUAUGCCUACACCUCUGUUUACAACGGCUUUGCUGCCACACUCGACCCUCAACAACUCCACGCGCUCAGAACUUCCGACUCAGUUUUGGGUGUAUACGAAGACACGCUUUACAAGCUACACACCACACGCACCCCUGAGUUCCUGGGCCUCCAGGCCCAUUCUGAGUUUUGGGAAGACCUUCACCACGCAUCACACAACGUCGUUAUUGGGGUCCUUGACACUGGCGUCUGGCCAGAAUCCCAAAGCUUUGAUGAUUCCCAAAUGCCUCAAACCCCCACGCGCUGGCGGGGAACCUGCGACUCCGCACCUGAUUUCGACCCUUCUCUUUGUAACAACAAACUUAUCGGAGCUCGCAGUUUCUCCAAGGGCUACCUCAUGGCUUCUGGUAACUCCAGAAAACCCAGAGACAUUGCUUCGCCGCGUGACCGUGACGGCCACGGCACGCACACAGCCUCUACAGCAGCAGGCUCCGUCGUCUCCAACGCCACGCUUCUAGGUUACGCCACCGGCACCGCACGCGGGAUGGCGCCGCAGGCGCGCGUGGCGGCUUACAAAGUCUGCUGGACUGAUGGCUGUUUCGCCUCCGACAUUCUUGCCGGAAUGGAUCAGGCAAUCCAGGACGGAGUCGAUGUCCUCUCGCUCUCCCUCGGCGGCUCCUCCUCCGUUCCUUACUACUUCGACACCAUUGCUAUUGGAGCCUUCGCGGCAGUGGAGAGAGGAAUAUUCGUUUCGUGUUCCGCAGGGAAUACUGGACCUCGAAGCGGUUCUGUUGCUAAUGUCGCUCCGUGGAUCAUGACCGUCGGAGCCGGAACACUGGACCGUGAUUUUCCGGCAUACGCUACUCUUGGGAACGGGAAACGCUUUGCCGGCGUUUCGCUCUACAGUGGUGAAGGUAUGGGAGAUGAACCGGUUGGAUUGGUUUAUUUCAGCGACCCGUCGAACUCUUCGAGCAGCAUUUGCAUGCCUGGCUCACUGGACCCGGAGACAGUGCGCGGGAAGGUGGUGGUUUGUGACAGAGGGCUUAACGCGCGCGUAGAGAAGGGCACAGUUGUGCGCGACGCGGGCGGGGUGGGGAUGAUACUGGCGAACACAGCGAUGAGCGGCGAGGGACUGGUGGCGGACAGUCAUCUUGUGGCCGCCGUGGCAGUGGGGGAAAACGCGGGUGAUGAGAUUAGAGAGUAUGCGUCGUUGGAUCCUAAUCCAACCGCUGUUCUGAGCUUCGGUGGGACCGUGUUGAACGUCAGGCCGUCGCCUGUGGUGGCAGCGUUUAGCUCUCGCGGGCCCAAUGGUGUGACGGCCCAGAUACUAAAUCCGGAUAUUAUUGGGCCUGGAGUGAACAUCUUAGCAGGUUGGUCUGGUGCAGUUGGGCCAUCUGGGUCUGAAGACACUCGCAAAACGCGGUUCAAUAUCAUGUCCGGUACUUCCAUGUCUUGUCCUCACAUAAGUGGGUUGGCUGCGCUGUUGAAAGCAGCGCAUCCAGAUUGGAGUCCAAGUGCGAUCAAAUCUGCUCUCAUGACAACGGCUUAUACCCACGACAACACAGAGUCUCCGCUUCGUGAUGCAACGGGAGAAGAAGCCCUCUCCACACCAUGGGCCUAUGGGGCCGGUCACGUGAACCCACAAAAGGCCCUAUCUCCUGGCCUUGUUUAUUAUGCCUCCACACAGGACUACAUUGCCUUUUUGUGCUCCCUCAACUACACCCUCGACCAUCUCAGACUCGUGGUUAAGAAUCCCAACGUCAUUUGUUCCACAAAAUUUGCUGACCCGGGUGACCUCAAUUAUCCAUCUUUCUCGGUCGUUUUCGGAACCAAUAGGGUUGUACGGUACACGCGCACGUUGACCAACGUGGGGGAGGCGGCAUCUGUGUAUGACGUGGAGGUUAGCGCGCCAUCCUCUGUGGAGAUAACGGUGAAUCCUAACAGGGUUUCGUUUACAGAAGUGGGGGAUCGACAAACGUACACGGUGACCUUUGUGUCGAAUAGGAGUGUUAAUGACUCGGCUGCUUCUGAAUUUGGUAGCAUCAUGUGGAUCAAUGAAGAACACAAAGUUAGGAGCCCGGUUGCUUUCACAUGGACAUAUUUUUGAGGUUUUAUUGUGAAUGUGCACACUUACUAUUAUCUAGUAGGCCAUAGGCUGUAGAGUUUAAAGCAAAGAAGCUGCAUGCAUGACUUUACCAGUCUUUAGGCACAUUGCUGUUGCCAUCACUCCAGACCGAACUUGUUGUAAUAACAUAUUCUACAAGCUAUUGCAACACGACAGUCGUUAACACAACACCUCAUCACGUGCCAUAAUGCAACAACGCCUUCCUUCCACUACUAAUUUCAAAGUUUUAGAUUUUCAUCAUCUAAA